UACAAUAAUAUCGCAUCGUUAUAUUGUUAUAUAGGAAUAUCAUAUUAUAUUAUCAUUCGUUAUUAUUAUUGUUGAAAUAAUAAAUACCGCCUAUAUAAUAUUAUUAUUAUUAUUAUAAUAAUAAUAUACGCGCACAGUGAACUCGCGCGCACGCACGCACGUUCGUCAGUCGCCAGCGGUAUUGUAAAAAUAUCGGUAGUGUUUGUUAAUUAGUCGACAUUACGUUAUACGCGUCGGACUUCGACGACGACGAGGAGGAGCCGAAACGGCAACGCGCGUCCGUUAACGAUAACGUACGUGAAUUACGGGCGCAUGUAGUUGGUACGGCGUCCAACCAUCGGCACGCAGCUCACUGUUAUUAUUUUUAUUACAAUCACACACACGGUAGGCGUACGGUGCAAUUGAGUUUUAGUCUUCUCUCCGUUCCAGUGCGAUCUGCUGAUUUUCGCCCGUCCACGUCCGCGCUCCGUCGAUAUCGUCCCAUCACGACGCGGCCCGGUGACGAUAAUAUGCGAUUGUUAUUGUUCUGCGCGCACGGCGUUCAGCGUUCGGAUAACGGUUGUCGACGAAAUGCGUAAACGACGGACCCGGCGCGAACGAGAAGACGAAGACGACGACGACGAGGAAGAAGAAGAAGAAGAAGGAAAAGAAGGUGAGGACGACGAAGACCACGGCCGCCGAGAAUACGUAUGACGACGGUCCCAUUGCCGACGACGCGUGUUGUUGUUGUCCAUUCAUUUGCUCGGCCGGACGUUUUGUCGUCGCCGCACCGUCCGUUGGUGUCUAUCCACGAGCCGAUCGUCGCCAGAGCACCGUAGUUAACGCGACCCUCUGUCUAAACCACCCACCUCAACGACAACAACUGCUCGACCCACACUGGUGAUACUUAUCCGGCUACGGCUUUUUUCCCUGUACGAGUACAUGCGAUUCGCAGUUGCCAAGAAACAUCACUCAGAAAAGGUAUAUGUCAUAUUAUGAAAUGAAUAAAAUGGAGGACAGAAAAAGGACAAUUCUUUCUUCUGGCAAUUCUAACACAUCAUUAACUCCUGUUAAACUUCAAAAACUUAAGGAAAAUGAUAAGAUAACUAAUGAAAAUGAUAAUAUUUGGAGCAUUUCAAAAGUAACUAGAGGAGCUAGUGCAAAGAGUUCAGGUUCUAAAACUGUAAUGAAACAUGCUCUACGGCAACAAGCUAAACGAAGGCGCAAAAACACUACUAUUGCAGCUGGAAAUGUUGCUCCUAUUCCAAGAAUUAUACUACCUUCCAAUCAAAUAAACACCAUUGAAGAUGAAUCUACUAGAGUGCCUACAAUGUUAGAAGUUUUAUCAUCUAUUCCAGGAUUUAGUUUGGUAAAACCACGUAAACGUCCUGGAUCUAAACGAUUGUCAGCUGCUGCUCAAUUGCAACAAGCAAAGGCUGAAGGUUGUGUUGAUUUAGAAACGCCAGAUUCUGUUCUUGCACAAGUUAAUUUAAGAUCACUUUUAAAUAAACAAACUUUUUCUAUGCUCCCUCGUCUCUAUCAACACAAACUUGUUCAAUUGUUACCACAUGUUGAUCGAGAAAGUUUAAGUGAUACUCAAUCUGAUUUCAGGCCAUUAUUAAACUCAUCUGUUUUAAAUAAUGAGUUCUUUGCUCAAGCUUGUCUUGAAUGGACUGAUAGAUUAUCAGAAGGAGAAUUUACACCUGAAAAUCAGCAAAAAAUGAAAAUGGAUAUUGAUCGUGAAAAAAGUAAACUAGAUCCAUUUAAAUUGAAGUAUUUUGAACCUAUAUGGGGUGAAAAUAGACUAUCAAGUUCAAAUGCUGCUGUUUCGGAUUGGCGUAAUCCUAAGCAUAAAAAAACCGAAACUAUUACUGUUCCGGUAAACACACCACCAGUUAUUACAGUUACCAAGGAUGUAACAAUAAAUGCAAUAAUAACAACAACAAAAGAGACAACAACGACGACGACAACGACUACAAUUACAACAACAACAGCAACAACAACAAUACCAACUACUUGUUCUUCAUCGGAUGAUAUUAAAAGUGAAGAUACAAAAUUAGAUUUACCAUGGGAUUCUGUUGAUUCCACAACCGAUUCUACAAUAAAACCAUUAGUAGAGGAUAUGGUUUUACCAAAAGAUGAAGACAUUGAAAUAGAUAUUCCAUUGAAAGAUGAAUUUAUAAGUGAUGUUGGUAAAAUUGAUGAUGUUAAUUUAGAUGAAACAUCAGUAAUUAAAAACUGGUCUUCGUUAAUGAAUGAUGAUCUGGGUACAUUAAUUCCAGAAUAUGAUAAUGUUUCUACUUCAAAAGAAAAAGAACAAAGUGAAAGUGAAGUUCAAUUGGAGUUGGAAGUAACUUUAACUCCAAAAAUAGAUGAUGUAAACUCAACAACUAAUCAAAUUCCAUCAAAUGAAACAAAUAAUAGUAAUAUUAAUAUGAAUAUGAAUAUUAUACAAGAACUUCCAAAAACCAUUUCUCCGCCUGUGGUUGUUCGAAUGCCGAGUGUUAUUCAACCUCUUGUUAUUACUUCUUCUAACAGUUCACCAUUACCCAGUACACCAUCUUUAUCGAUAUCUCCUUUACUUCAAUCUCCUUUAGAGUCUAAUAUCCCUAAUGAUUUUUCAUUUAUCAACACAAUAUCUAAUAUAUCAUCAGUUCCUUCUGAUCGUCCAGUUCAUCAUACUUAUGUAUCAUCAAUCAAAUCACAGGUGAGCUCAAGUAGUUGUACAACAAGUAGAACUAAUAGUAGAUCAACAUUGAAGCAACCACCUGGUGCUAUCAAUUUAGAAAGAAGUUACCAAAUAUGUCAAGCUGUUAUACAAAAUAGUCCUAAUCGUAAUCAACUUAGAUGUCAACUGAAACCACCACCAUCAGUAUUAAUUGGCAAAAGUUCUUUUAUACGUAAUGGACCAAAACCAAUAAAAAACAUAAAUAUUACUAGCAGUUCACAACCUCUAGUUGUUAGGCAUGUGUUUGCAUCUUCUCGUGGCAUUCCAGUAACAAUGUCUGUUGGACCUCCAUAUGUAUCUGAUCAACAGCAAUUAACCGAAAAACAAAUGGGGCAGUACUUGUUGGUUCAGAGGUCUGGUGGAAUAACAGGUAUACGCCGAUCAUCUAGUGCUCCUCCGACCAAUAACAAAAUAGCUCCAAUUUUAAAUGGUGGAAGACCAGCAAGUGUAGGUAUACAAGUAUCUACCUAUGGUCAGUCACAACAAACUAAUGAUUGUUCUUGUAGUCUUAAUGCUAUGGUAGUAUGUAAGAAAUGUGGGGCAUUUUGUCAUGACGAUUGCAUUGGCCCUUCUAAACUUUGUGUAACGUGUCUUAUCCGAUAAUAAAGCUCAAAGUACGAUACUAAAAAUAUUAUGUUAAACUGUAACACAAAAUUUUGUUCAGGUAUUUUUCGUAAAUUUAUGAAAUAAGUAGAUGAGAAAAUAUUAUUUUUGUUAAUUGACUUAUUGCCUAUAUUCACUUUGUUUUAUUUUUAUUUUAUUCAAAUCCUCAGUCCUAAUUAUAUUGUUAUAUAUAUGUAUAAGUUGACCCUUUUGAAACUAAAUUAUUGACAAAAAUUAUGGAUAAAUACUUAUUCAUAGCUUAUUUAAUUGUUCACUAUUAUUCGCCAUAAAGUCUCCAAUUACACAAAAGUCGAUAUAACUAAAAUUAAAAUUACAUACAUUACAUUACAAUUUUAAAUAAACCUCAUGUUUAAUUAAUUGAUUAAAUCAUAAAUUUAAAAUAAAAUGUACAUAGAUUUUAUUCUCACCCUAAAGAUAAUCACAUGUACUUAUAAGGUAAUUUUUAAACAUCUGUUAUGUAUUUUUAAAGUCUUAAGUUUAAUCAUUGCUAAUAAUAGAUAGUAACCAUAAAUACAAAU